AUGAGGUCCAUCGUCUCCAGCCUUCCAGUCCUUUCGCUAAAGCAGCAGCUGGGGGACCCCGUGCUAAUCGCUCUACAUUGGGAGGGCAAGGUCUUGCAAGAUUCAGAGACUCCUUCAAGCUUGGCUUGGCCCAGCGAAGUGACCCUCACAAAGGUGGAGAUGACCUUCGAUCAUGAACGUCCCAUCACAUUGCUGCGAGACCAAAGCAAUACAUUUGGGGUGAUGGACGGGGAUGAGGCUCGACGAAUGUGCACAGCCAUGAAGGAGCUUCUCCUCAAAGAAGCCAAUGUUUUGGAGCUUCAAGCGCCCUUAGUCAUCUCUGCCCAUCUUACAGGGAAUUUGAAUGCAUUAAACUACAUUUUCAACACCUUCGGCGAGCCCGGCGGGACAUCGCAUCUCUUCCUGGGAAAUUAUGUGAACAAAGGCAGAAAUGGAAUUGAUGUCAUGAUAUUGCUCCUUUGCUUCAAGAAGAAGUUUCCUGGCCAAGUUCACUUGCUUCGUGGCAAACACGAAUGUAGCAGCAUUGCGCGUAUCUAUGGCUUCUAUGACGAGUGUAAACACCGCUUUCCUUCGCGCUCUGGGGUGAAGCUCUUCAGGCAAUUUGUGGAGGUCUUUGACAACUUACCUCUUGCUGCAGUGAUUCAGAGCCGCGUUUUUUGCGUCUCUUCGGGUCUUUCACCGAAGCUGGAUGACCUUGAAGAGCUGCGCAAGCUGCAACGGCCGCUGGAGGUGGGGUCGGAUGGCUUGGUUUGCGACCUGCUGUGGUCGGACCCGGAGGAUCACCAGCCUGGGUGGCACGAGAUGGACAAGGGCAUGUCGUACACCUAUGGCCCCGAUGUGGUGGAUGAGUUCCUGAAGAAGAAUCACAUGGAUUUCAUUGUCCGUGGCACCCAAGUGGUGGAAGAAGGUUAUGAGUUCUUUGCUGAUGGGAAGGGUGUGUCAAUUUUCAGUUUCCCUUCCUUUUUGGGGGAGUUUAACAACAAGGCCAGCGUGAUGUUGCUUGACGAGCAGCUGCAGCAGAGCUUGCACACCUUCGAUGACACCAUGCUCCCUGUGCCAUCUGCAUGAUUGACGGUAUGCCUAAGCCUAAAAGGGCGAGUUCCAAAAUCCGCACGGAUUUCCGAGUCAUCUCCGGACCCUUGGACUCGGAAUUCUUCCGAGAUAUUCCGAGAUUGAUUUGCUGAUCUUUGCCCCACAAGUGGCCGUUCCGUUCUGAUUUGCACGUCUGAAGAAAAGCUGCAGCCUGUGGAC